AUUACGCUCAUAAUUAAUACCGCCGCAAAUCUGGUAGCAGUACCAGAUGGGAACGGAAAUUCCGCGUUCUGGAGUGACGUCGUAUUAGUCGAGAUCUGAACCGAACCCAACCGCAAAUGAAUUCCGAAAUUUGGGUAAAAAUUUUAUUAGCAAGAAUUUCCUGACUAAUUAUGCACUGCUUCCGAUUUUCUCACUUCUCGAUCUAAAUAUAUAAAGGGGGUUUCUCGCGACCCGUACCGUCAAACUAAAAUCUGGUACGAGACCUUACAGAACGAGAUUUGAAGAAAAUUUUCGAUAUGUGUCUCAGAAGCGUGGCGUUUGUAGUGGCGGUCGCGAUUUUCGCCGUUAGUGUGAUGUCUUUGCCGCAUGACAAUUGGGUCGGGCACCGAGCAUGGAAGAGUCAUUUUGAAAAAGAAAACGACGACUUCGAAGAAGAUUUAUUCGGCGAAAGCCUAGAUACCGUAGUGCUCAGUCACGUGCUCUUCAGACAUGGCAACAGAACCCCAGACAGUAUCCAGGAACUAUAUCCAAACGACCCGUACUUAAACGAAACCUACUACCCUUAUGGGCUGGGUCAGCUAACUAACGCCGGCAAACUGAAAGAAUUUAACAUCGGCGUAUCUUUGAGGAAGAGAUACGAAUCGUUCUUGGGUGACACGUAUCUGCAUGAAACCGUGGAAGCUAUAAGCACAGACUACAAUCGGACAAAAGCCUCUCUCCAGUUAGCACUGGCCGGCUUAUUUCCUCCGAAAGCCGAACAGGUCUGGAACAACGAUUUGCCAUGGCAGCCCGUCCCGUACAAUUUCCUUCCACGUGCCCAAGACAACGUCUUGCUUGGAGUAUUGUGUCCGAAUUAUCUGCGUCAAUACGAACGCGUCGUAAACUCGGCCGAGAUGAAAAAAAAGUUGAAAAAACAUAAACAGACGUUGAAUUACAUUUCCAAACAUAGCGGACUAAACGUCACCAGAUUCCAAGACAUUUACAACUUGUACUUCGGCCUGUCUACCGAAGAGGAAUACGGCCUGGUGCUUCCAGCCUGGACACGAAAGGUUUGGCCCGAUGCAGUGGUAAACUUGGCCAUAGAGGAAUAUUACGUGUCGAUGGCGACGGACGAGCUUAUAGAAUUGGCCAGCGGUUACUUUUUGAGGAAGGUCUUGGAAGAUACGCUGGUUAAGAUUUACGGUAAUGCAAAUUCGAAGAAGAUUUACUUGUAUUCCGCGCACGAAAAUAAUGUCGCGCAACUAUUAAUGCUAUUAGACGUUUUCACCCCCCACAUUCCUAAUUAUGGCGCCUACGUCAUUAUGGAAGUCCACAAAAUCAAUGGCGUAUUUGGAUUCAAGAUAUUUUACGAAAAUUAUACAGGAAAUGGUCCGCGAUUAUUAAGGAUACCUUCUUGCGGCGAUUUUUGUCCUUUCGAAAGAUUCAUCCAGCUGUACCGGAAGUACAUACCAAAGGACGACAACUGCGGCAACUAAGCUAUGCCAGAAUCGUUUUCGUUGAACUUCUAGUCAAGUACUGCCUUUUUAGUUGUUAACGUAAUUUAUUUAAACUGUUAAAUAGUCAA